GAGGGAGCGGCCGGCCACGAAGCGGCGGCAGGGCCCGGGGCCGGGGACACGCCGAGCCCCGCGGGCGGGCGGGCGGAGCGGGCCGGCGCUACCCCUCGGGUUCGGCUAGGAGCGCCCGCGGAGACCCCCCGCCCUCGGCAGAGGAAGAGAUGCUUACUGUAUGAUACGGAACCAUGAAACGUGAUCUUUCUUAAAAAGUUUGUGAAAGUUCAGGAUCCAGUGACUUCUGCCACUGAUUAGGUAAGCUCUGCUCUAGGAUGGACAUGCUGGGCCGAGGCAAUAGCUCUCAAGAGAGGGAUCCAAUCAUUCGGAGCCACAGAAUUUUAGGUCUGUCUCCCUCUCGUGGAGGUGCCACUGGGUGUAGGGAAUGAGGAAGUGAAAUGAUUUGCCCGAGGAGACACAUGAAGUUACAGCAGGAGCCGAACUACAAAGCCAGUCCCUAUUUAUUUUCUGAGAUUGGAGACCCUCUGAGGGCAAGGACUGUGUGUGCUCGAUUCUGUCUGGCCCCGUGUGUAAUGCCUUGCUGUAUUUGAGGACGGCGCUGUGAGUUGAACUAAGUGGACAUCACUUGCAGUCCCUUCCACAUCUGCCUGGUCUUGAAUAUAAUCAUGGCCAAACCUUAUGAAUUUAACUGGCAAAAGGAAGUUCCUUCCUUUUUGCAAGAAGGAGCCGUUUUUGACAGAUAUGAAGAGGAAUCCUUUGUGUUUGAACCCAACUGCCUCUUCAAAGUGGAUGAAUUUGGCUUCUUUCUGACCUGGAGAAGUGAAGGCAAGGAAGGACAAGUUCUAGAAUGCUCCCUCAUCAACAGUAUUCGAUUGGGAGCCACCCCAAAGGAUCCCAAAAUCCUGGCUGCUCUUGAAGCUGUUGGAAAGUCAGAGAAUGAUCUGGAAGGGCGAAUAGUUUGUGUCUGCAGUGGCACAGAUCUGGUGAACAUCAGUUUCACAUACAUGGUGGCUGAAAAUCCGGAAGUAACUAAGCAAUGGGUAGAAGGACUGAGAUCAAUCAUACACAACUUCAGGGCCAACAAUGUCAGUCCAAUGACCUGCCUCAAAAAACACUGGAUGAAAUUGGCGUUUAUGACCAACACAAAUGGUAAAAUUCCAGUUAGGAGUAUUACUAGAACCUUUGCAUCGGGGAAAACAGAAAAGGUGAUCUUUCAAGCACUCAAGGAGUUAGGUCUUCCCAGUGGAAAGAAUGAUGAAAUCGAGCCUGCAGCAUUUACUUAUGAAAAGUUCUAUGAACUGACACAAAAGAUUUGUCCUCGAACAGAUAUAGAGGAUCUUUUUAAAAAAAUCAAUGGAGACAAAACUGAUUAUUUAACGGUAGACCAAUUAGUGAGCUUUCUAAAUGAACAUCAGCGAGACCCUCGACUGAAUGAAAUUUUGUUCCCAUUUUAUGAUGCUAAAAGGGCAAUGCAGAUCAUCGAGAUGUAUGAGCCUGAUGAAGAUUUGAAGAAAAAAGGCCUCAUAUCAAGCGAUGGGUUUUGCAGAUAUCUGAUGUCAGAUGAAAAUGCCCCUGUCUUCCUGGAUCGUUUAGAACUUUACCAAGAAAUGGACCAUCCUCUGGCCCACUACUUCAUCAGUUCUUCCCAUAACACCUAUCUCACUGGCCGACAGUUUGGUGGAAAGUCUUCCGUAGAAAUGUACAGACAGGUUCUCCUGGCUGGUUGCAGGUGUGUUGAACUUGACUGUUGGGAUGGAAAAGGUGAAGACCAGGAACCAAUAAUAACUCAUGGAAAAGCAAUGUGUACAGAUAUCCUUUUUAAGGAUGUUAUUCAAGCCAUCAAGGAAACUGCGUUUGUCACAUCCGAAUAUCCUGUAAUUCUCUCCUUUGAAAAUCACUGCAGCAAAUAUCAACAGUACAAGAUGUCCAAAUAUUGCGAAGAUCUAUUUGGGGAUCUCCUGUUGAAACAAGCACUUGAAUCACAUCCACUCGAACCAGGCAGGCCCUUACCAUCCCCCAAUGACCUCAAAAGAAAAAUACUCAUCAAAAAUAAACGGCUGAAACCUGAGGUCGAAAAAAAACAGCUUGAAGCUUUGAAAAGCAUGAUGGAAGCUGGAGAAUCUGCUGCCCCGGUUAACAUCUUAGAGGAUGAUAAUGAAGAGGAAAUAGAGAGUGCUGACCAAGAGGAGGAAGCUCACCCUGAAUACAAAUUUGGAAGUGAACUUUCUGCUGAUGACUUGGGUCACAAGGAGGCUGUUGCAAAUAGUGUCAAGAAGGCUUCAGAUGACCUUGAACAUGAAAUCAACAAAAAGGGCCUGGUUACUGUAGAAGAUGAACAGGCAUGGAUGGCAUCUUAUAAAUAUGUAGGUGCUACCACUAAUAUCCAUCCAUAUUUGUCUACAAUGAUCAACUAUGCACAGCCUGUAAAAUUUCAAGGUUUCCAUGUGGCUGAAGAGCGCAAUAUUCAUUAUAACAUGUCUUCUUUUAAUGAGUCCGUUGGUCUAGGCUACUUGAAGACACACGCGAUUGAAUUUGUGAAUUACAACAAACGGCAAAUGAGCCGCAUUUACCCCAAGGGAGGCCGGGUCGAUUCCAGUAAUUACAUGCCUCAGAUUUUCUGGAACGCUGGCUGCCAGAUGGUUUCGCUCAACUAUCAGACCCCAGAUUUAGCGAUGCAAUUGAAUCAGGGAAAAUUUGAGUAUAAUGGAUCAUGCGGCUACCUUCUCAAACCAGAUUUCAUGAGACGGCCCGAUCGAACAUUUGAUCCCUUCUCUGAAACUCCUGUCGACGGGGUUAUUGCAGCCACUUGCUCAGUGCAGGUCAUAUCAGGUCAGUUUUUAUCAGAUAAGAAAAUUGGUACAUAUGUAGAAGUGGAUAUGUAUGGUUUACCCACUGACACCAUACGUAAGGAAUUCCGAACUCGCAUGGUGAUGAACAAUGGACUCAAUCCAGUUUACAAUGAAGAAUCAUUUGUGUUUCGGAAGGUGAUCCUCCCUGACCUGGCAGUCUUGAGAAUAGCUGUGUAUGACGACAACAAUAGGCUGAUAGGCCAGAGGAUUCUUCCGCUGGAUGGCCUCCAAGCAGGUUAUCGACACAUUUCUCUUCGAAAUGAGGGAAAUAAACCAUUAUCACUGCCAACAAUUUUCUGCAAUAUUGUUCUUAAAACAUAUGUGCCUGAUGGAUUUGGAGAUAUUGUGGAUGCUUUAUCAGAUCCAAAGAAAUUUCUUUCCAUUACGGAAAAGAGAGCAGACCAAAUGAGAGCUAUGGGCAUUGAAACUAGUGACAUAGCAGAUGUGCCCAGUGAUACUUCUAAGAAUGACAAGAAAGGAAAGGCCAACACUGCCAAAGCAAACGUGACCCCGCAGAGCAGCUCUGAGCUCAGACCAACCACCACAGCGGCCCUGGGGUCUGGAGUGGAAGCCAAGAAAGGUAUCGAACUUAUCCCUCAAGUGAGGAUAGAAGAUUUAAAGCAGAUGAAGGCUUACUUGAAGCAUUUAAAGAAACAACAGAAGGAGCUAAAUUCUUUAAAGAAGAAACAUGCUAAGGAGCACAGCACCAUGCAGAAGCUGCAUUGUACACAAGUUGACAAAAUUGUGGCACAGUAUGACAAAGAGAAGUCGACGCAUGAGAAAAUCCUAGAGAAGGCAAUGAAGAAGAAGGGGGGAAGUAAUUGUCUCGAAAUGAAAAAAGAAACAGAAAUUAAAAUUCAGACACUGACAUCAGAUCACAAAUCUAAGGUCAAAGAGAUAGUGGCCCAGCACACAAAGGAGUGGUCAGAAAUGAUUAACACCCACAGUGCUGAGGAGCAAGAAAUCCGGGACCUGCACCUCAGCCAGCAGUGUGAGCUCCUGAGAAAGCUACUGAUCAGCGCCCACGAGCAGCAAACCCAGCAGCUAAAACUGUCCCAUGACAGGGAAAGCAAGGAAAUGCGAGCACACCAGGCUAAGAUUUCUAUGGAAAAUAGCAAAGCCAUCAGCCAAGAUAAAUCUAUCAAGAAUAAAGCAGAACGGGAAAGGAGAGUCAGGGAGUUAAAUAGCAGCAACACCAAAAAGUUUCUGGAAGAAAGAAAGAGACUCGCCAUGAAACAGUCCAAAGAAAUGGAUCAGUUGAAAAAAGUCCAGCUUGAACACCUGGAGUUCCUAGAGAAACAGAAUGAGCAGCUAUUGAAAUCCUGCCAUGCAGUGUCCCAAACGCAAGGCGAAGGAGAUGCAGCAGAUGGUGAAGUUGGAAGCCGAGAUGGACCGCAGACCAGCAACAGUAGUGUGAAACUCCAGAACGCAAACUGAAGCCCCAAAACCACACAGCAUCAAAAGAUCACCCCCAAGCUUCCCAACACAGAGUUCACGCAAGAAGGCUGCUGUCUGUGGGUUUCCUUUAUGCCCAGCCAAGAUGUUACCUGAAACCACCGAGACUUACAUAUUUCUAUUUAACAUUUUGAGUAUUGGAUCUCCUUGGCCAACCAUAAGUAGCUCCCAACCCACCCAAAUUACUAGCCCAAUAAGGCAGAGUUUCACCCUUGAUAUUACAACUUAAACAUGUUUGCUAUAAAAUACCAUCACAAGUGAAUGAGCUUGGUGUCCACAACUCUGCUCUGUGAUGCAUUAGGACAUGUUUGAGCUGCAGCAAAAAUAGUGCAUUAGCGAUUGAAUAUCAAGUGCAUGCACUAGGGGGAAAAAAAAAACAACUCUGUCUACAAAUUCAUCAGCAGAAGUGGCAGUCUGCUAGACAAAUUUUGCAGAAUUUUUCUACAUCUGAGUUACCUCAUCAGUAAGUGCCAUGUCUCUGCCAUGCCGUAAGAAGCUAAGUUCCUGUAAAAGUUGUGGAAAUUAUUAGAAUAAAAAACAGUAGAACAGUGUACCUGUGCCAAAACUCAUCAGUGCUCAAGGGAGAACUCUGUUAGGCACAUGUUAAGAAAGUUUACAUCUGAUAUUGCUUUAUAGGAAUUGCUUCUGCCGAUUCCAGACAUUAUAAUACACUAUUACACCAUAAAGAUCGUGAAGUGAUAAUUGGCAAACGUUUGUAAAUGUGACCAUGUAUAAAAUAUUUAUACUCCUACUUCACACUGUUAGAGCAAAAUCAUCUACGUAUUGCCACAUGAUGAGAUUAGUAAACAGGAAUACCAGAACUAUGUUUGCAUGAUACACAAGCACCAGUUAAGACUAAUCCAUACAGAUACAGUUAACCUAAUGCCAAAUAAAUACUGGUUUAAUAAAAUGUAUGGCACAGAAUAUAAUUUGACUAUGAAGACUUUUAGCAUAAUGAAAAAGUCUAUAUAUAUGUGUAUAUGAAUUAUGUGGGCAUUCUUGAUACUUCAAGUUCUAGUUUCAAAAAAAUACAUAACUAAUUUAAUUUUACACAAAAAUAUUUAUGCAGAUUUUCAGAAUUUCAUAUCAGGAAAUAACCUUUUUACGUCUGUUAAAUAUCAAAACAAUUUGCUACAGUGUUAAUCUGCAUGGUCUUUAAGCCUGCCAUAGUUGUGUUGCAGACAGUGCAUGAAAAAGUAUUCUGCGGGGAAUCAAGCCAUGCCGCCCAAGCUGGGAGGAGCGCAUGGAAACUUGGUAGUCUAGAACUAAUCAGAUUACUGAUUUUAGGACACAAAACACCAACUGAAUUGUUGUAUAUGCUUGUAAAAAUUGAUUCUGUGUGUUCCCCUGAACAAAGCAGAGAAAACGAUGUUACCAUCAAUAUUGAAAUUAAACUUCCAACUUCUCUAAUAAAAAAUGAAAACACA